AUGACGUCUUCUUCCACUGAAGAUCCUCACGCAUCAGCCUCCACUUCUACUGUUGCUUCGACUUCUCAAGCUGCUGCGGUUAUUCCGGCGAACCUUGCACCCCUCAAUCUUCGUCUCAAUCGCACCAGUUACUCUUUCUGGCGUUCUCAGAUGCUUCCAUCCCUUCGUGCACAUCAGCUUGAAGGUUUUCUUACUGGAGAUCGUCCUCCACCUGCUGCCACCAUCACUGAUCCUCCUCUUGCUUGCCGCUCGAUUCUGAAUCCUGCCUUUCAAGAAUGGAUGCGAUUGGACCAAUUUCUCAUAAGUUGGCUAUUCAAUUCGAUUUCAGAGGAAAUGAUGGGUCACAUCUUCUCCACCAAGUCUAAGGCUCGGGUUCUACAGCUUCGUACAACUCUUCAGUCCACAAGAAAAGGUUCAACCCAUGUUGAUGAGUACAUUCUCAAAAUGCAUUGUCUCGGUGAUUCCUUAAUAGCUGAUGGUCAACAAAUAUCAGAAGAUGAGCUCAUUCUCUACAUACUGGGAGGCCUCGACUCUGAAUAUGAAGCCGUGAUCAUCAACCUUACCUCUUGUGACUCCAUCACGUUGUCUGAAGUUCAGUUUCUUCUUUAG